UGUUGAAACUGGGAUUGCGACAUCGCUGCGAGGCGCGUGUCACUCCACACACACCUUAGAUCACCGCGUUAACCCCGCAGGUAUUUGUGUAGACUCUGGUGGAAAGAAGCUAAAUGUACUGUAUGUGUUUACAUUCCUUUAUUACUAUACCAACCAAAUGAAGUGUUUUUAAAAAAUCAAGUGACACACAGCGCGGUGUAGGAUUUUCCCACACCACGUGAACGCAGCAUCAUCGUCUGAUGAGAGUGGGUCAUCAGCUGCGGGCAGUCAGGUGUGGUCGGCGGGGAGACGGUGCGACUCAACCGGGACUCAAAGAAAGAAAGAUCACGGAUCUGUACGCGUGAGCCGGUGACCGAGCACCGCGCGCACCUGCCGGUAAACAAAACCUUUCUGGGCUGAAGAAGUGAGACUUCAUGGAGCUCAAACAUCAGAGGAAGCCGAAGUGGAAUCCAGAGAUGAAGUUAAAAGAGCUUCAUCAGAUUUAACCUCGACUGACCUGCAGCGAGAAAGAGGAACGUCUCCGCUUCUCGCUUUUUUUUUUUUUUUUAAAGGGAAUUGUUCAAGUGGAUUUCCGAUCAGCUGCCGGUCCACAAAGUGCCACGCGGCCCCUGAACGCCCCACCGCGGUGUCGAUGCAUAGACUUCUGUGGAGACGGUGCGUUCGAUGACCAAGAGGAGAACUGUGAACGUGUAGAAAAACCGAUGAGUCGUCACGAGCUGGAAAUCCCCUGCUGGAGAGUCACCGGGUGGAACUGGAACUGAAGUGGAACCAGGCGGCCGCUCGCAGCCGUCCGGCGUGCGCCGCGAGAAGCAGGAACCCGCCGAGGCUUCACUCGCGAGGAUGACGUGAACCGAAGGCUCUGAAGGCUCUGAAGGACACGGAAAAAGGACUAAAUUCAACUGGGACGUCCUCUGGUUGGCACUGGGAAUGCCUCUCGUGCCACUCUGAGCUCAUAGAGGACAUCACACCACUGUGGGGGGGCGGGGCAGGACUACCACGUCCUCCUAUGAAACAGAUUCUACUCGUGAAUCCAGAACGAGGCCUUCCAGAUGGCGGGGAAGGACUACACUCAUCUCUUCAAGCUGCUCAUCAUCGGAGACUCCAAUGUGGGGAAAAGCAGCCUCCUGCUCCGCUUCGCAGACAGCUCCUUCUCUGGCAGCUACAUCACCACCAUCGGGGUGGACUUUAAGAUCCGAACGGUAGACAUCGAUGGAGAGCGGGUCAAGCUGCAGAUCUGGGACACGGCGGGUCAGGAGAGGUUCAGAACCAUCACAUCGACGUACUACAGGAACACCCACGGGGUCAUCAUCGUGUACGACGUGACCAAUCCAGAGUCCUUUGUGAACGUCAAGAGGUGGUUAAAUGAAAUCUCCCAGAACUGUGACAACGUCUGCAAGAUCCUGGUGGGAAACAAAAAUGACGACCCUGCCAGGAAACAGGUGGAUACCCAGGAUGCUGUGCGUUUUGGGGAGUCGAUGGGGGUCCGGGUGUUCGAGACCAGUGCCAAAGAGAACAUGAACGUAGAAGAGAUGUUCAUGGCCUUCACACACAUGGUGCUCCGGGCCAAGAAGCAGAGCCAGAACCGAGCAGAGAGGGAGCGCGAGCGCGAGAAGGACACGGUGAACAUCAACGCCCAGAGAGACCGAGGACGCAGGAAGAGAGGGAAGAAAUGCUGCUGAGCCUCCUCGCAAACGCCAUUCAAAUGAGAUUGGGAACAGGUGCCUUAGUUGGUAGACGUUUCAGACUGCAGGUGUGAAUGUUUCAAACCGUCGUCCUGCGUGUCGUCCUGCGUGUCGUCCUGCGUGUCGACACGUGACGUCACGCAGGAUGUCCUGCUCGUCGUCCUGCGUGUCAUCCUGCGUGUCAUCCUGCGUGUCGACACGUGACGUCACGCAGGAUGUCCUGCUCGUCGUCCUGCGUGUCGACACGUGUCGUCCUGCUCGUCGUCCUGCGUGUCGUCCUGCGUGUCGACACGUGACGUCACGCAGGAUGUCCUGCUCGUCGUCCUGCGUGUCGACACGUGACGUCCUGCUCGUCGUCCUGCGUGUCAUCCUGCGUGUCGACACGUGACGUCACGCAGGAUGUCCUGCUCGUCGUCCUGCGUGUCAUCCUGCGUGUCAUCCUGCGUGUCGACACGUGACGUCACGCAGGAUGUCCUGCUCGUCGUCCUGCGUGUCGACACGUGUCGUCCUGCUCGUCGUCCUGCGUGUCGUCCUGCGUGUCGACACGUGACGUCACGCAGGAUGUCCUGCUCGUCGUCCUGCGUGUCGACACGUGACGUCACGCAGGAUGUCCUGCUCGUCGUCCUGCGUGUCGACACGUGACGUCCUGCUCGUCGUCCUGCGUGUCAUCCUGCGUGUCGACACGUGACGUCACGCAGGAUGUCCUGCUCGUCGUCCUGCUCGUCGUCCUGCGUGUCGACACGUGUCGUCCUGCUCGUCGUCCUGCGUGUCGUCCUGCGUGUCGACACGUGACGUCACGCAGGAUGUCCUGCUCGUCGUCCUGCGUGUCGACACGUGACGUCCUGCUCGUCGUCCUGCGUGUCAUCCUGCGUGUCGACACGUGACGUCACGCAGGAUGUCCUGCUCGUCGUCCUGCGUGUCGUCCUGCUCGACGUCCUGCGUGUCGUCCUGUGACGUCACGCAGGACGACGCGCAGGACGUCCUGCUCGACGUCCUGCUCGACGUCCUGCUCGUCGUCCUGCGUGUCGUCCUGCGUGUCGACACGUGACGUCACGCAGGAUGUCCUGCUCGUCGUCCUGCUCGACGUCCUGCGUGUCGUCCUGUGACGUCACGCAGGACGACGCGCAGGACGUCGAGCAGGACGUCCUGCGCGUCGUCCUGCGCGUCGACACGUGACGUCACGCAGGAUGUCCUGCUCGUCGUCCUGCGCGUCGUCCUGCUCGUCGCCCUGCGUGGGACCGGCUGCGUGAAGCAGUCUGGAGGUCAGUUAAACGUUAAAGGACCAUUCUGGUGUUUUCUUGAGGUUUGAGCUCAGUUUACCACCAGGCACACUGUUUCCCAUCAAGACUUCUCUGCAUCUAACUGGCCAGAUUAUGACGACAUGACUCCUUUUAUUACACGUGCACACACCUUUUGAUUUGAAUGAGUUCAUGACCUUUCAGCCCAACGAUCUACUCUCAAGGGUCUAAGAAUGAUGAAUUAUUAAUGUUUCCAAGGUGACGUUUCUGUGAAUGUUUGGACCUUUUCCAGAGGGGGAACCCUCCUUUCCUUCAUCACCGGCGUUCAAUUCGGCUUCCCGGUUCUACCUUGUUAAACGUGACAAUCCAUCACAGAACGUUUCAGACUAACUUUGAUUUAAAUGUUGGAGUUGAUCAAAUGCAUUUAAUAAAAAACGAUCGUAUGUGAGUUGUAAGUGGAGAAGGAGCUCCGGUUCAGUUCUUCAGCGUUGCACUCGUGAACUCUGAUGUUUUAGUCCGUUACUUUUUCUUAACAUACAAUUUUACCACUGAAAGGGAACAGGUAGCAGUUGUUACUAAACAAGUAACUGUGACGCAUUAACAGGUGUGAUUCUGUUUGUCUGUCUUAUUCCAGUUGGAAUGAGGCCAGUAAUGUGUGUGUGUGUGUGUGUGUGUGUGU